GUGUUGCGGACAGCUUCCUGCUGAUAGACGGAGAUUUAUUUAAUAGCAGAUGAAUACAUUUGUCUAUUUUCACUUCCGCAUGAUUCCUCCGUGUAGCAGACAGAUUUCUGUGAAAGCUGCCUCAAGUUCAGGAUUUACAAUGAAACAAGGUAGAGUGGAGGAAUACAGCUGCCUCUGGUCCCAGAAACCAUGGAUGGACUUUACUUUGAAGUAAAACGAAAAGGAGGUGAAGCCCAGAGACAACAGAGCUCUGAGAAAGCUCGUCAUAAUCUAACCCCGAACCAUCACUCCUGUCCCUCCCUUUCACGCCUCAACUCUGCUGCUCAGAGUCCUCAGAAAUGUGCCGGUGUUUGGGAGAGGGCUGCACCAUGGAGGGGACAGAUGGACGAGGAAGAGAUAAGAUACCAACUGACGAUGAUUGGUUUUAGGGUAGUACACCAUCUGACCACUAUGGCCAUGCUGCCCUGGGUGGUGGCAGAAAUCUGCAGGUCCACCAAGAAGGAUUCAGUAGCUGGGCCACAUCAUAGCGGAGGUGGAGGAGGUCCACCUUCAUGCAAUAAUAAGACGGUGUUUCUGUGCGUGUCUGCAUCCUGGGUACGGUCUGUGUCCGUUCUGGCAGAGCGACUUCUCUGGGACCCUCUGACACACACGGUGCUGUUUGAAUGUCGUCCUCAUCAAGUGACCAAGUUAAUUCACAACAGCCAGGAGCCCAGUAUCUUUGCCUGUCUGGUGAGAGACUCGCUAAAGUGUGUCUGCUAUGUCUUCCAGUGCCUGGACAGCACCAAGGUCCCUGAGAUCAUCAGUAUAUUGAGGCAGGCUGGCAAAAGCUCAGCACGCAGCAAUGACAGCGCCGACUCCAUAAAGACGUCCAUGAGUUCUGAAGGCAGUGAGUCUUCAGAAAUGUGCUUUUCCUCUGUCUCUACUACAUCAAACUCCACCGCCCCCACCUCUGCUGUGUCUCCAACAACGUUUGCCAAGAAGUUUGAGGUACUGUUCUGCGGCAGAGUGAGUGUUGCUCACAAGAAAGCCCCACCUGCCCUAAUAGAUGAGUGUAUCGAGAAGUUCAGUCAGCUGCAUGGCUUAGGGACAACAGAUAAAGGAGGUGGGGGGUUGGUGGAUGGGCUUAGGAGGGCAUAUACAUUCCCAUCCUCUGGACUGGGAAAUGGUACUGUUUGGAAUGGUACAGUGGGGAACGCCAACAGUGGGACGAGCUCUGCUCUGUUGAAGAGAGACUCCAGCUUCCCAAGUCUGCACCUCGAUGAGAACGGUCUUUCUCCAGAAAUUUCUAACAACACUACAGAUCCGAUCACCUCCUCGACUACUGUGCAGCCAACCAGCCUGCAGGAGAACAGGACCAUGCUGUUUACGGUGGGCAAGUCCCAGAUCUUCUUGGUUAGUCCAGACACUAAGAAAGUUGCCAUAGAAAAGAGUUUCAGAGAAAUCUCCUUUUGCUCCCAGGGAAUUCGUCAUGUCGAUCACUUUGGCUUCAUUUGCAGAGAAACAGCUGAAGGGGGGAGCUGCCAUUUUGUGUGCUAUGUCUUCCAGUGUACUGAUGAAUCAUUGGUGGAUGAGAUUAUGCUAACUUUGAAGCAGGCGUUCUCUGUGGCUGCCCUGCAGCAGAAUGCCAAGACCCAGAGCCAGCAGUGUGACAGCUGCCCUAUACAGCAACUCCACAGGCUGUGCGAGAGGAUAGAAGGUUUGCACCCUUCCAAAAUAAAACUAGAGCUUCAGAAGUACUUGGCCACUUUAGACAAUGAUGAACAAGCUUCCGUCUUUGAAACGAUCAUGCGGGCUCGUCCUAAAAGUGAUCAGGAAGAAAACGAGCUAGUGAUGGCCUCUCUGAGGAAUCUGUAUGAGGAGAAACAGAAAGCUCAUCAGCACUCUUUGCCCGAAAACAGCAAACAGGUCUCUGAAGAGGCAGCACCUGCACCUCAGGAGACGCAGCAGCAGAGCAGCAGCCGGCAGCGGCUGGAGCAGUUCAAGACCAGAGCGAAGCGCUCUCUGACCGAGUCCUUGGAAGGCAUCUGGAAGGCAAGCAGCAAGGCCAAACCUCAGAGGGAGAACAGUCAGGGAUAUGAGAGCAGCUCUUCUUCUUGUGCUGUCAGCAGUAGCAGAGGUCAGCGCAGCUUGGAGGACUCUUUAACUCCAUCACCUCAUCUACGACCCACUAGCCCACUCAGAGGCCACAACUCCACAGGAGACCUGAAGCUCCUUGACUCCUCAGUUCCUCUGUCGUCGUCCUCCUCCUCUUUACCUGGCGAUCCCGAGCCGCAGGGCUUCCGUCGACGAGCCAGCACCUUCAGUCAUUCCCUCACCCCCUCCUCGGUGCUCGAGGACUCCCCCCUAUUUAUGUGGACUCACACACCGCAGGAUCUGAGUGCAGCUACCAAGCCCAAGCUCGUUCGACACUACUCUGUCAGCACGGACAGCCCUCAUCAAAGCAGAAAUCUCCCAACCGACUCCACCCUUUCUCCUCUUCCUCCCUUUCCUUCAUCCCAUUCUCCUCUCUUCUUCCAUCAUCCUUCCUCGCCUUCUGCUGGAGCACGUUUCAAUAAGAGAAGUCCUCUGGGUGGUCUCCGUGCCCGUCUACACUCCUCUUCCUCUGUCCCUAACUUUCUGAAAUUUCAAUUUCUGGCUCCUGUUCAAGAAAAUGAUUGUCUUGAGCCAAAAAGCAGGGACGUAGCAGCUCUCUCUACACCGAGAGCAGCAUGUGUAGCUGGGGAAAGUCCACUGCGAAGCCAUCGGUAUUCAUGGAGGCAGCAGAUCUUCCUGCGGGUUGCUACACCUCAGAAAGGCACAGACACAAGUGAGCGGGUGGAUCCCUGUCUAGAAGGGGGUCUGAUAUGUGCGGGCCAGGUGUCGGCCGUAGGAAGUGGAGACUCUGCGAUGAGAGCUGUGCCAGAGGAGGGGACGAAGAGGAGCAAAGAGGAGCUGAGGGAGCUGUGGAGGAAGGCCAUCCUGCAGCAGAUCCUGCUGCAGCGAAUGGAGAGUGAGAACCAGAAACUGCAAGCCUCAGAGAGCGAUCUGCAGAACAAGCGCCUGAAGCUGGACUAUGAGGAAAUCACUCCAUGUCUAAAGGAGGUCACUGUGGUGUGGGAGAAACUCCUGAGUACACCUGGCAGAACAAAAGUCAAGUUUGACACAGAUACUAUACAUGCUGCAGUUGCACAAGGCGUCCCGAGGCAGCACCGAGGGGAGAUCUGGAAGUUCCUCUCUGAGCAGUACCUGCUCCAGCAGACGGUUCCUUCUCGCCCCCCCUCCAAUCCCACUCCAUACAAAGAGCUGCUGAAGCAACUCACCUCGCAGCAGCAUGCCAUCCUCAUAGACCUAGGUCGUACUUUUCCCACUCAUCCCUAUUUCCAAGCUCAGCUGGGAGCAGGGCAGCUCUCGCUGUUCAAUAUACUGAAAGCCUACUCACUGCUGGACCCCGAGGUGGGCUACUGUCAGGGCCUGUCCUUCAUCGCUGGAGUGCUGCUUCUACACAUGGGGGAGGAGGACGCAUUCAAUAUGCUCAAAUUUCUGAUGUUUGAUGUUGGGCUUCGUAAGCAAUACAGACCUGACAUGAUUAUCCUGCAGAUUCAGAUGUACCAGCUGUCUCGGCUGCUUCAUGACUACCACAGGGACCUGCACAGCCACCUGGAGCAGCAGGAGAUCGGCCCCAGCUUAUACGCCACCCCCUGGUUCCUCACUCUGUUCGCAUCACACUUUCCCCUUGGCUUUGUGGCCCGUGUCUUCGAUAUGCUGUUCCUCCAGGGCUCAGAGGUCAUUUUCAAAGUCGCCUUGAGCCUGCUGGGCAGCCACAAGCCUCUGAUCCUGCAGCAUGACAACCUGGAGUCCAUAGUGGACUUUAUAAAGACCACGCUGCCCAACCUGGGCCUGGUGCAGAUGGAGAAAACCAUCAACCAGGUUUGUGAGAUGGAUGUUUCCAAGCAGCUGCAGGCCUAUGAGGUUGAGUACCAUGUGCUGCAGGAUGAGCUGCUGGACACGCCCCCGACCCUCAACCAGCAGCAGAGAGCUGCACAGCUGGAGAGGACCAACCAGAGCCUCCGACAGCAGAACCUGGACCUGUUAGAGGAGCUGCAGGUGUCCCAUGCGCGAGUCUGCCACCUGGAGAGUCGAGUGGAGGCCCUGGCCCAGUCAGAGGGUCAGUUGAAGCAGCAGGUUUCUGCUCUGGAAGAAGAAAAGACACAGCUGGCUACCACCAUUGCACACCUCCAGAAGCUCCUCACCAGCCUGGGCAUAAACGCUGACCUUGAAGGACAGACACUCCCCUGAGCCCCUGAAAGAUGGGACUUUGAUGGCAGUUUCACAGCUGAAUGGCAGAACAGUCUGAGCUAAACGUUAGUAGCUGCAUGUAUUAACAGCCAGAAUGAAGAGAGUGCUGUGAAAGCCCUAAAGAAUAAUUUAAGACGAUUCCCCACUUGAUCUCUCACACCUCCAGAAUUUUAAUUAAAUGAGAAAUGAGAAUGUUUUCUGGAACAGCUUAAAGACGAGUGUAGAAAUGCAGGAUGAGAGAACUUUCCCCUACUUUAACAGAUAAACAACCCCCCAGAGUUUGCACUGAGCCCCUAGUGUUCAAACAGAAGAUCAGACAGAUUCUCACCUUUGUGUGUUUGCAUCAUAAAGAAGACCCACAUGGUUUAUUUGUCUGAUCUGAUGAGACUAAACUGGCCAAAGAUCAUCUUUAUGCUUAGUUGGAAGAACAAAGACGCAGUAUUCUGGGGCGUGAUCACUGUUACGCAAAGUCGGUCCCAAAGAAAACACCAGAACAAAACGUGCUACUGGUAAUUCGCCUCAUAGUGUUGUUUUCGGUUUAUCUACUAUAAAGUCUGAAUGUGACAUUAUCUAAAUGAUGCUGGGUGCUACACUGGGCUGCUGAAAUAUGUUGAGGUCAGAGGGGUGACCCAGGUUCAGAUAUUUUUGAUUUGUCCUCUGCAUUUCUAGCUUCCUGACCGUGUGCAUUUUAACUUCAUUUAGCGACAGCAGCUCACAGGAAGAGUAAUACAAUAUAUCCAGUCCAUUUCACAUCCUGUUUUUCACCUCUGAAUACACUUUGAUUCGUCUGCAAGGAUGGGGAAUGUUUAAACGGUGGCCCUCCCCGUCCAGGACGGGAGAAGCCUCUAAGUUAUUGCCAAACAACGCUCGGGUGUGAAGCCUGUGCCGCUGAGACAAUCUGUAGGAUGUAAAUGUUUUACUGUAUCAUCCCAACACACUGAACUCCUCAGACCCAAGCUGCAGCUUGGUGCGUUUGUACGUGAACGUCUGAAUGUUACUGUUUCUUGUGCACUUCACUGAUCCAAAGAAAAAAGCUGUUUAUCACUUUAAAGAUAUUUUUUCCUUUUACUCUUUUGCACAUAUUUUCUGUUUUAUUGAUUUAUUGUCAAGUCUGUACUGUAAAAUACAGCUCAUUAUUUCAGCACA